ACCUCCUCAGCUGGCUUUGGGCGCGUUUUUCAUGGCGUGACUCGCUAUGCCCAGUGGCUUCGUGACCAAGUGGCUAGACCAUCGGAAUUUUGGCUUCGUGGUGCCAGAAGGAGGGGGGGAUGACGUCUUUGUGCAUGGCUCUGUCUUGGUGGAUGCAACCAGCUUGUCAGCAGGUGACCGUGUGGAGUAUGCACAAAAGAAGGCUGCGGCGAAGCCCACGGCCAGCAGCUGUCGACGCAUCGACAAGGACAUCCCCAUGGAGAGCAUCUUCCCUGAGGGCAGCUGUAUCACUUCAGUGCAGGACUUCUUAACGACUGCAGGUGUCAGCCCUGCAGAGAUGGAGUCCACCUACCGGGUGAUGUCCCCGUUCAUCGCCUCCAGUUCGGUUCGAUGUCCUUUCCUGGUUAUCUCUCAGCAAGGGCUUAUCGAUGGCUUCCGAGCCCCCACUGCUGGUGAACUGUCAACCCUCCUGCAGCUGUUGGUGGCAUAUGCUCACGGCUGUGAAGCUGAAGGAAGCUUCCUCCUAGCUGAUUUUGAGGGUGAGAUGCUUGGGCACUGUGGUGAACUCAGCACUGCUGCGGUCCUUGCCACGCCAGUCCUGGACAAGAUCUUAAGACCUGUCCCUUUCCAGCGCAAACACUUCCCGUUGGGGCUACUAGUUGACCUGCGAAGCUCUGCAUGUAUCGACGCCUUCCGUCCUUUGAUGGAGAGCCCAAAGAUUACGAAACUGAUGUGGGGCGCUGAUGCUGAUUUCGAGAGUUUGAUGCAUCAGGAGAUUCCCAUCCAGCUGAAGAUUGUGCCACAGGGUGUCUUGGACAUCCAAUUGGCCUACUCCACGGGUGAUCGUCGCCUCGGAAUGGCGCGGAUGUUGGAACGGCUGCCUUCCAACUUGGUCUCCGCCCUUCCGGAUAAAAAGCAGAUUGAUUGGCAUGCUUAUCAUUCCCAGAACCGGCGAGCGCUCCAUUUGCCAAUGUCUGUGAUGGAGGCGACCUAUGCCAUGGAUGAUUUGCAUCGAAUAGAGGCGAUCCUGGUGACUCAGAAGCCAAAGGAAAGCUCUUACCAAGCGGCACGGCGGAACACGGAGGAGGUUUUGGCAGAUGUGAAGGCUGACCCUUGCGGGUGGAAAUCGCUGGAGCGCAAUGAAAGCUUCUACCACAAGAGCCUGGGGGUGAGAAAGCUCUCAUGUGCUGUGCGCCUGGUAAGACACAGCAUGGCUUUAAGAUGGCGAGAAAAACAUGGUUUGGUGGAUCUGGGCGACAAGAAGGAGAAGGCAGCGCAGAUUCAAAAGUGGGCGGCCAGCGAGUUGGCCAACGCAGGCGUAGUGAUCCCAGAGGACCUGUCCUUCAUGGGGGACGCCAAGGCUCACAAGGCUGAGAAGGUCACUGCCAGUGAGGCCAGCCAGAUGACCUCGGAGGCGCCAGUGGGAGCGGUUGCUGCAGCGGAUGUUUCGGCAGAGAAUGGAAUGCCGACCGUCAACAUCCGCAAACCUGCGAGGCCGCCCAGACCGAGCCAGAAAGCCUGGAACCCAGGGCAUUGGCGCUGA